ACGCGGCGUCGCGCUCUCCCAUAAUGCAGCGGGCCCGAGGUUUUGAUCCAGUGGAGUUCAUGAGAUCGGUGAGAGCGCUCGACGAAAUGAGGCGGAGAGACACGACAACCGUCGAACCUUAAUCUCCCAACUGAACACGCACACACAGACAAUUUCUCAAGCCAACAAUCACAUCAGAAACAUGUGGUUCCGCCACUUCUCAGUCCUCCAGAGAGGCCUGUGAGUUCCUGCAGUCCAUUAAGCCCUUGAAUCCGGAGGAUUUUUCCCCCGUCGGCCGAUUCGCACAGAGCAGGCAAUGACAACGGCCUCCGCAACCCCGCAGCAGAUGAGAGACCGGCUGCUGCAGGCCAUCGAUAGCCAGAGCAAUAUCUGUAACAUGGUUGCAGUUCUUGAUGUUAUUACCAAUUUGGAGAAAUAUCCUAUCACCAAAGAAGCACUUGAGGAAACCCGCUUGGGAAAGCUGAUUAAUGAUGUGAGAAAGAAAACAAAGGAUGAGGACCUUGCCAAACGUGCCAAGAAACUCCUCCGGAACUGGCAGAAGCUGAUCGAGCCCGGCCAAAGUGACACUCCGGCAAGAGGAGCCUCAAAUGUCCCGGGUUCUGCCAAUGGCGGUUCUCACCCCUGCCGGACAGACACGCCUCCUGCGGUCCCCCCUCCAAGCAAAGUCGCUCCUGAGCUCAAAACCAGAAAUGACAUCCAUAACACUUACUCCCCAAAGGCAGAGAAAUCCACCAGCCGAAAACGGCGGGGGGAGCAAAGGGAUAGUCCGCAUCUGCCAGCCAAAAUAACAAAGACGUCCCUUUACGAGCCAAUAUAUUCCUCUUCCCCACCUAUAAAUGGAAUUAGGGGGAGCCCAGAGACUCUCCCGGAUAAAGAUGACGAUGUACCGUCUGACAGAAUCCGCAUGGAGCACCUUGAGAAUGACAGGCACAACAAAAUCCCUGUCAACGCUGUGAAGCCUCAUCCGAGCUCUCCGGGGCUUACCAAACUACCUAGCACUUCCUCCUUACUCAAAACGUCAGUGUUACAGCAGCACGCGAGAAUGGAUGGAGGCGGGCAGCUUCAGCCCAAAAGCCCUCGGUACUCCUCGAGUCCGCGCAGUGUGAUGCAUGAAACGAUGGCCAAGAGAGCUUCAACAUAUGCACCAAAAGGGACUCUCUCGAGCCCGGCUCAGAAUUCAGCCCAAGUGCCCUCUCCUUUGCCCACGCUGCAGCCUUUAACGUCGCCGGCCCAGGUGUGCAUCAGCGACGGUCCAUCAUCUGUGGGGCUGGAAGGCACGAUGCACUUGUACAGAUCGACAGGUAGACUCUCCCAGCCCCCACACAGCACUGCAACACUGGAGCCGCUUUCCAACUCCCCGAUCACCACACACAGCUUGGAGUGCACAGAGACCAAGAGUGAGCGGGAGGGAGCGACCUCCAACUCAGAAGGCAAAAAGCGGAAGAAAUACAGACCCAGAGACUACACAGUAAAUCUUCAGGGGCAGUCCUCGGAGGACAGGACCAAACCUGUGCGUUUAAAAGAGCGUAGGUUGACGUUCGACCCGGUGACCGGACAGAUUAAGCCCCUCACUCCGAAAGAAUCCCACCAUGAUGUAGAGUGCCAAGGCCCGCCAAUCGCAGAGCCUUCGGUGAGGACUGAGAUGCCACAGCAAAACACCCCUACGUCAGUUCCCAACCCCUUUCAACAGACGAACUGGAAAGAGCUGUCCAGAAAUGAAAUCAUUCAGUCAUACCUUAACCUUCAGAGCAACGUUCUCACAUCCUCUGGAGCACAGACGCAUGGGGCACACUUUUUCAUGAAUGAAUAUUUGAAGCGAGAGGAACACGACGUCAAAGAGUUACGGGAAACGCACGCUUUAGUACCGAGCAGCUCCACAAUGGAACUACCCGGGAUGACUCGGGACGUAACGAACGAGGACCUUCUAAGAAUACACAACGAACACUGGCCAGGCGUGAACGGUUGUUAUGACACCAAGGGAGCCUGGUUUGAUUGGACAGAGUGUAUAUCGUUGGAUCCUCACGGCGAUGAGAGUAAAUUGAACAUCCUGCCAUAUGUUUGCCUAGACUGAGAGAACAGGGCUUGGAAAAGUUUUCAAUGUUCCCACUGUGAGUCGAAGGAGAUCGAAGCGACUCUCCUCGUCACUCUGUACUAGGUUCAUCUUACAGGUGUAAAGAACGAACCAACAGCGGUUGUUCCGAGAUCAGUUUUCCACAAGAAGGAGCUGAAGUGGCGUCCUGUUUGUAAUGUGCUGCUACCAACGAGAAUUUGCAAACAAAGGUUGUAUAUAACGGCUCGCAGGGAUUUCACUGGGCCAGUUCUUGCACAAUGUGUGAAUAGGAGGGUCUGAGCAAGCAUUGAGCAGUACAGAUGUGUUUAAAAGCAAGUCGAGAACGUUUUUUGGCAGUUACAAAAAGCUUUAUGUGACACAGAAUAAAUUAUAAAAGUUUCUUA